UUCCAGUCGUUUCCUUAUUCCACGUGUCUGGCGCAGUUGUAUCCACGUGCUAGGCCAUACAGCAGGUAGAUGAACCAGUGGCAACAAAGCUGGUGUCUGUGGUUGUUGAGGAUUGGCUGGACGAAGUUGGGGGCUCUCUACUCGUCGGGAAUAUGUUAGUGUGUGUGGUCAUUGUAGCUGACCUUGGUGUCAGUGCGACAAUGUGACAAGGGGGAACAAUGUCCAAUCUCCAAAGGAUUUUCUUGAUUUCAGUGUGGUGCAGCGGCGUUAUCGGUUUGAGGUGGCUAUCUCUCCUUCGCUCCACAUCGGUUGCGACCAUUGAUCGAGCCGAUCAUUGCGAUGCUCUAGAUGGAUUAACUAAACGGCAAAUUAAAAUUUGCAAGAAAAACGUCGAAGUAAUGGAAAGUGUAAAGAAAGGUGCUGAAAAUGCCAUACACGAAUGCCAGUGGCAAUUUCAAAAUAGAAGAUGGAACUGCAGCACAUAUAACAGCACCAGGAUGUUUGGAAGAGUGCUUAGUGAUGGGACGAGGGAAGCGGCAUUCGUCCACGCCAUCACAUCGGCAGGCGUUGCUCAUGCCGUGACUAGAGCAUGCAGUAGUGGAUCAUUGGAAAGGUGUGGUUGUGAUAGAAGCAUCCAAAGUCAGAUUUCCGAAGGAUUUCAGUGGUCUGGAUGUUCCGACAACGUAGCUUAUGGCACAGCAUUUUCUAAAACCUUUGUCGAUUCCAGGGAUUUACGAUCUGCAAGAAGUGGAGCUAAUGCACGAGCUCUGAUGAAUUUGCAUAACAAUGAAGCUGGCAGAAAGGCAAUCGAACAGGAAAUCAGGCAAGAGUGCAAAUGUCACGGAGUUUCUGGUUCCUGCGAAACCAAGACGUGCUGGCGUGCCAUGCCUUCCUUUCGCGAAAUAGGUGCGGUAUUAAAGGAAAAAUUCGACGGUGCAACGGAAGUUGAAGCGCGAAAAAUAGGAAAAAGAACAGUAUUGGUUCCUCUUCAUCCUCAUUUUAAACCGCACACGGAUACAGAUCUGGUAUAUUUGGACAUGUCUCCAGAUUUUUGCGUCAGAGACGAUGGAGUGGGUACUAUAGGAACUCACGGACGACCCUGCAAUCGUUCCUCGACGGGCAUCGACGGAUGCGAGUUACUGUGCUGUAGUCGUGGUUAUAACAGUAGGAUUAUGAGAAUACGAGAGAGAUGCAUGUGCAAGUUUUAUUGGUGUUGUUACGUCAAGUGUCGAGAUUGUGAUCGAGAUAUAGAAAUUAAUACUUGCCUAUAACUGGAGGCGCAAUAUUUAACAUCUGGUCUUAAAGAUCAGCUUAUUUGUAUAUAUACACGCCUUUUCUUUUUCUUUCAGAGAAAUGUAUAUAAGUUAUAUUUGUGUAUAUAGAUGUGUUAUGGUGUAUAGAUUUGAGCCUGUACCUUUUGACAACCACUAAUGUGGAUGACUUGCUGUUUAUUUAUUAAGUUCCUUCUCUUUGGACUGACUAAUGUCUGUAUUUCAUCUUUCAUCACCGAUUUUCUUGUAUAACGUCCCAAAUGGUGUUUUUAUCCAUGGCAGGAAUAUUAAAAAC